UGUGCAUUGUUUCUCUUAGAGGAGAAACCCUUCCUUGCCUGGGUUGCUAAGGAGAUGGGACGCUGUAACUUGCUGAGCAGUUGGGACCCUGAAAUCCUUUAACUGACCUCAGCAAAGCGACUGCCCUGCGUUGCCUCUUUCCAUAUCUGCACUCCUCCUUCAUCCAGAAUUUUUUUUUCUUGACUCUUUCCAUGGAAGACUCGACGUCCCCGAAGCGAGAAAAAGCAAACCAAGAUCCGAGGGAAGCAGGGCAGCCAUGGGAAGAAGUAACAGCAGCUUCUUCCCAAGGUCUUGAGUCUGGGUUAUCUGAGCCCUUGGAAUUGGAGCAGGGGCUGGAAACUGGACCCCAACCCAGAAGCCCUCCUCAGAGCCCACAGUCCAGAGCCAGCAUCCCUCUGGAUGACCUCACAGGACCAGGUGCAUCAUAUCCACCUUCCCCUCCACAGGAGGCCUCUUACACUCCUUCUCCCCCGGCUCUGGCCAGACAAGACCUUGCAGUGCCAUGGCCGUCAGACAAAACCACUAGUGUGAAUCCCGAAGCUGGGACACCUCACUUCCACCAUUUGGAACAAUCGUCUGAUAAAGGAGAAUCGACUGCUUCUCACACAUUCCAAUCAGAGGGAAGCACCUUCCGACAGUCUCAGCAAACCAAACAUCACCUGUAUGGACCAGAGGAUGUGAACUAUAACAACUCUAAACAAAAAGAGCUGAGAUUUAACAUCUUUCAGGACGAAGACUCAAACAGUAACUAUGAUCUGGAUUACGCUGAACCUGGGGUCUCUGAACUGGCCCCCAGCAUGCUUGAGAUCACCAUUCAGAGUGCUAAGGCUUACUUACAGAAGACUAGUAGCAAGUCUGGCUUAAAUUUGUAUGAUCAUCUUUCUGAUAUGCUUGCCAAGGUCUUAGAUGAGCGUCCGGAAAAUGCUGUGGAUAUCAUUGAAAGUAUCAGCCAAGAUGUGAAGAUGGGACAUUUUAGGAAAAAAUUAGAUACACUCCAAAAUGAGAAUGAGAUGCUUCCAACAUAUGAGAUAGCAGAGAAGCAAAGGGCUCUUUUUCUCCAGGGAAAUUUGGAAGGAGCUGACCAAGAACUAGAAGAUGAAAUAGCAGAAAACGCUCUCCCAAAUGUAAUGGAGUCAGCUUUUUAUUUUGAACAAGCUGGAGUUGGUUUGGGCACAGAUGAGACUUAUCGCAUAUUUCUUGCCCUCAAGCAGCUUACUGACACCCACCCCAUCCAAAGAUGUCGUUUCUGGGGCAAGAUCUUGGGUCUGGAAAUGAACUAUAUUGUAGCUGAAGUAGAAUUCCGUGAGGGAGAGGAUGAAGAGGAUGUGGAAGAGGAAGAUGUAACUGAAGAGAGGGACGAUGCAGAUAGCGAAGCUGAUGAAGAUGACGAAGACCAAUUACCAAGGACCUUUUACAAGACCCCACAGGCUAUACCAAAAGAAGAAAACAGGACGGGUGCCAACAAAUAUGUGUAUUUUGUUUGCAACGAACCAGGAAGACCAUGGGUGAAGUUACCCUCGGUUAUGCCUGCACAAAUUGUUACUGCAAGAAAAAUAAAGAAAUUUUUCACUGGGCGUUUAGAUGCUCCCAUCAUAAGCUACCCACCUUUCCCGGGAAAUGAGAGCAAUUACUUACGAGCACAAAUUGCCAGAAUUUCAGCAGGGACCCACGUCAGUCCUCUGGGAUUCUAUCAGUUUGGUGAAGAGGAAGGAGAGGAGGAGGAAGAGGUAGAAGGCAGACGAGACAGCUUUGAAGAAAAUCCUGAUUUUGAAGGCAUCCAAGUGAUCGAUCUCGUGGAAUCCCUAUCCAAUUGGGUUCAUCACGUGCAACACAUUCUGUCCCAGGGCCGCUGUAAUUGGUUUAACCCCAUACAAAAAAGUGAGGAGGAAGAAGAAGAGGAAGAUGAAGAAAAAGAAGAAGAGAAAGGAGAAGAGCCUGACUAUACAGAACAGGAAGUGGGGCCACCUCUUUUGACACCAAUCUCUGAAGAUUUAGAAAUCCAGAAUAUACCACCUUGGACAACACGGCUAUCCUCAAAUCUCAUUCCUCAAUAUGCUGUUGCAGUCCUUAGAUCCAACCUUUGGCCUGGGGCAUAUGCCUUUUCCAAUGGCAAAAAGUUUGAAAAUUUCUACAUAGGCUGGGGUCACAAAUAUAGUCCAGACAACUAUACACCCCCAGCUCUACCACCAGUGUAUCAAGAAUACCCCAGUGGAGCAGAACUUACAGAAAUGGAUGAUCCUACUGUGGAAGAAGAGCAGGCUUUCAGAGCUGCACAAGAAGCAGCUGUUCUUUCAGCUGAGGAAAAUGAAGAAACUGAGGAAGACGAAGAGGAGGAUGAUUAUGACCAAGAAUAAAAUUAGCCCAGAGAGAGAGCGAGCACAGAGAGGGGCAGAGAGAGACAAUCUUAAGCAGGUUCCACACUCAGCACAGAGUGCAGGGCUCAAUCCCACAACCCUGGGAUUAUGAGCUGAGCCGAAAUCAAGAGUCAGACUUUCAACCCAUCCAGGUGCCCCGGAACCUGUUUUACAUACAUAACUGUAGCAUAUAAUUACAUAAAUAUUGGCAACUAUUAUGGUGCAAAAUGUCAUUCCUUGAAAAUGUCAAGUUUGGAAUUUCAUACGUGCAGCUAUUAAUAUGUACUUGUAGAAGGAAGCUCAAUAGAUUUUCCAGAGGCUAGAUGACAUGUUCUUACAUCACUGUUCUGAUGACUACGGUUAAUAGAAGCAUGUGUAUUCUUUAAAAAAAAAAAAAAAAAAAAAGUUUUAAUUUCUAAUAAGGCAAACCUGGGAAGACGUAAUCCACAAUAUCUUCUUGGUGGUCUUUAAUAUAUUUUGUGUCAAUGGGAACUGUGACCAAAAAUAUUGAUAAUCACUGAAUUAAAGCAGGUACUUUUAACCAGUCUGAUACUAUAUGCAAAUAUUGCAUAUGUAUGUAUGUGUGUGUGGGGGUUGGUUUUGUUUUGCUGGGGAGAGGAUUUAUAAUUCUAUCACCUGCCCAAAGACUGGGAACGCUCAAAAUGUUAAUACUUUUUGUUACUUCUUUAAAAAAUGCUCUCAGUCUGACUCCUUUAUCCUAAAAAAAAUUGGUUUUAUAUGAUCUGCACAGAGAUGGCUAGCUGGGAUAUCCAAAGACUUAAGAUUACUGUUUUUGUAGCACUGCAUCUCUAAAACUAGUUAUUAUUUCCAUUCCUAAAAAUGUAUUUUUAAGUCCUCUUUGUGCUGGACACUCUGAGAUUACUUUUAAAAACUAGACAUUGCUCCUGAAAUCUUAGAGCUUUCAUUCAUCAAGGAAGGAAGUAUAAAAAGACAAAUAGAAAAUUAGAAUAGGUUGCAACUUAGCAGCUACUGUGCAAUAAAUAUCACAGGAUACUACAGAACAGUGCUUCUUAAAUCCUGUGACGUACCAAUUUAAAAAUUAAAAUUCGACUCCAAUGUCAUUAUUUUGGAAAAUAAAAUAUCACAAUUCUAAUUUCUAUAAUUAUCUUGUCAGAGUGCCAGUUCACAAAACACUGAUCUAUGCUUAAAAAAAAAAAAAAACACUGCUAUCAAACACUUACAGGGUGCAUUUAACCUGGAUUUCAGCCAUGAAGAAAGCACUCCCAAGAGGUGGACAACUAAGGGGAGAAGGGUCGUAGGUAGCAUAAGCUAUUUUUUUGGCAAAGGACUCUAGGCUGGAAGGAGUGGAACUUUGAGAGUGGUGAAAGAUGAGUCUGGAGGUAAGCAGGGUCCAGAUUGUUGGAAUCCAGGAGCAAUGAAGAGGACUCAGGUAGGAAGUGAUAAAAUCGCAUCUAUACUUUAAAACAUUUGGCUUAUAUGUGGAAGACUAAUACAGAAUCAAGACUGGGAGACUAGUUAGGGGGUUAUCACAUUAUCUAGAUAAGAGGAAAUGGUGGCAUGAAACAGGAUAAAGUAGAAGCCUGGUUACCAGUCUGAAGGACAGAAUAUUAGAACGGAUGAUUUCCAGAAUUUUCCAAUUGGCAAUAUUAUUCAUUCUUAGGAACGCAGCUUUUACUAUUUGAUGGAGUAGAUGAUAUUUAUAAAACUUCAAGUAUGUUCUUUUUAUUCAUGGUGUUGCCUUUGGUUGUUGUUGUAUAAUAUCCAUUUUCUUAUCUACCGUCCCAUGGCAUAGUCUCCUGCCAAUCAGAUGUGCCCUCUCUAGAAUCUGAAUUUUGUACAGAGACAUUCUACCUUGGCUCCUAGACGGAUUAUUCUGCUGUAAAUCUAGCCUCUAGAACUGCCUUUGUUCCAGCACAGUUUCUUAGUUACCUGUGUCUUCUCUGAGCUCUUGACAAUCUUUCAGUGAAUUCCCUUCUGCUCAAAUUGGCUCUAGUAGGAUGCCUGCUUGCAACCUUACUUGAUACAUCCAACAUGAAUCUGAAAGUUUCUUUCCUACAGGACACAUUAAACACGAAAUUCCAAUUCACAGUUGUAUGGGUAAGGUAUAAAAAUUUAACAAAAGCAAAUCCCUCUGUUAAAUAUUAAGGUUAUUUCUAAGUAAUGAGCAGGGAAUUUCAUUAUAUAUGUUUUACAAGAGAAGAGAGCAGAAUGCUAUAAUGGAAACAGCUUCAGCUUGGAAAUGAGAAAGCCUGGGUUCACACCCUGGAUUACAAUCAUUUUCUUGGGCAAAUUACUAACCUUACAGACAUUCAGCUUCCUCACAGGACUAACGGAAUUUGUCUCACAGAACUAUUUUGAAGAUUAAACUAAUUAAUACAUGGAACAUACUAAGAAUACCUAACACCACUAAGGACCUAAUAAAUAUUACAUAUGACUAUCAUACAAAACCAGUUUCUAAAAUACGGAUAAGAGAGGAAACACAGAAUUCAUAAUGCAAAUGAAAUAGUUUAUUGAAAUAAUUACUGAACAAUGAGGUACUCAAGGUAUGAUUUAGACAUUUUAUAAAUUAAAUUACAAGUUGAGUAUUUAGAGAAUUCAGACUCACAAGUUGUAUUAGGGAGUUUAGUAUCUCGAUUUGGAAAAUAAAGUAAAAUUCCAUAGUCACUGACAUGCUUAAUUCUUCAAGGAAUCUUCUCAGCUGUAAAGACUUGAGAUGCUUGUCUCCUGGCCUUGAAAAGGAAUUUUAAAAAACUGUUAAUUUUAAGCAAGAAGUCCAUUAUUUAGAAUACAUAUUAUUUAUCGAACAUAAAAAAUAAAAUCUGGAAAUUUUUUCAAGAUAAUGAAAAUUCCUUAAGAAAACUUACAACUUCAAACUUAGGUGAUUAGGGAUAAACAUUUUUAAAGCCAGGCAAAAAAAGAAAUUAAACAAAAAUACCAGAUGAAGACAAAACAGAAAGUAAAAAUAAAAUGUCACUAUUUUAAGGAAUAAGGAGUCAAAAGUAAAAAUGCAGGGCCCCUGGGUGGCUCAGUCGGUUAAAUGUUCAACUUCAGCUCAGGUCAUGAUCUCAUGGUCUGUGAGUUUGAGCCCCGUGUUGGGCUCUGUGCUGACAGCUCAGAGCCUGGAGCCUGCUUCAGAUUCUGUGCCUCCCUCUCUCUGCCCCUCCCCGACUCACAUUCUGCCUCUCUCUCUUUGUCUCUCUCUCAAAAAUAAAUAAACAUAAAAAAAACUAUAUUUUUUAAGUAAAAAUGCUGGCUCACAGAAAGAGACAUGUAUAAACAGAUAAAGAAAUUAUCUCUAAACGUGUUCUAUCUUCAGAACUUGAGUUACAUCAAGGCUAAUUUACCAAGCUAAUUUAAAACAAAGUUAAAUCUAGAGUGCAAGGAUUACACAAUGGAAAACAAAGAAUGCAGUGAUGUAAUUUAACCACAAUGUAUCAAAAUAUGAAAAGAAUUGAGGAACAUGGCUAUUAAAUAGAUUUGUAUGCAUUACUGAACUGAAAUGCAUUAGAAGUUAUUUUCUAACAUAAAUGCUUUCACCUAAACAAGUACUUGAACAUGUACAACAGUUUGGAAUUAUUAGAUACUCAAAAUAUGGUAGGAAUGUAUUAAGGUAAUUAUAAGACAGCUGCCAGGAUAAAACAAAUUUUUGUGAAACUUGAUUCCUCUCCUUGAGUAAGAGCUGCAUGAUUAUUACAAUAUUGUAAUUAAUUAAACUCCAAAUAUGAAGAACAAAACAUAAAAUUCAGUUACAAACAUCUACAUUUUGGAAUAUUUUAAAAUACUAAAUUUGUUCUGAAAUUCCUACAAUUAAAAUCAUAGUUCUCACUUAGGGAAAAGACGUUUUAAAAUGAGCUAUAAAAAAAACAAAAACAAACAUGAAAUAAAAGUAAAGUCAUUAAUGUGCCCUUAUUUAAAGGUGCAGGUUUCUACCUGGUGAUAUCCAGAUCAAUCGGUAUAUCAGUAUUUGCUGUCUUCCUAGAGUGUAUAAAAGCACUGUUAAAAAUGACAGAAUAACUAACUGUAAAACACAGUGAUUUAAAAAAAAAAAAGGAAGAAACAAAAACAUAGGCUUGAAAGCAACAUGCAAAAACGUUUAUUGAUUUUUUUUUUUUCAAAAAUAGUAUCCUAUGUUUUCAACAAUGAAAGUGAAUUGUUCAUGCAUAAGCUUAAUUAGCAAACAUGAAAAUGAUAAGACUUUGUAUUCUCAAAGAAGAAGCAAUAUAGGGCAGGACUCUGGAUGUAAAUGGACUGAAUCGGAAUCCUGCCUCCUGUCACUUAGCAGCUGCGUGACUUUAGAAGUAUAACAACUUUUCUGAGCAUAAACAUCCUCAUUUGUAAAAUGGAAAUAAUAGUGCCUACUCUAUAGAGCAGUCAUACAGCUAUUAGUUAAUAUAUGUGUAAAGUGCUUAUGAUGGUGCCCAGCAUAAAAUAAGCAUUAUAAAGUGUUGCUUUUAUUAAAAUUACAAUUAUAUCAUAUUAUCAUUUCUUCUCUAUCUGGCACUAUUGCACAUAGUCAGCCAAGUUCUAAUUCUUUCGGUUAAAGACACAGCUACUCUCCAUGACUCACACACAAAAAAAAAAGGAAUAGAGGAGCAGUAGCAAAUGUACAUUUUUAGUAUUCUAAUAUUACUACUGUCUCAGUUUUCAAAACAAGAAAGUUAACAGCUAACUAAAGUGUUCAGCCAGGCUCCAUGAUAAUAUUUAACAUGAAACCUAUGCUUUCAAAAAAGUUAUCUAUGUAUUGAUUAUCAAGCAUUUUUGUAUUUUAUAAUGCUUAAAAUUAAGCAAAAUAAACUCUUAACUAUAGAGAACAAACAGAUGGUUACCAGAGGGGAAGUGGGUGGGAUACAUGAUGGGGAUUAAGAGUACACUCAUCUUGAUGGGCACUGAAUAAUGUAUAGAAUUGUUUUAUCACUAUAUUGUACACCUGAAACUAAUAUAACACUGUAUGUUUACUGGAAUUAAGACAAAUCCAGUAUGUUUACUGGAUUUAAGAAGUCAUAAAUAAAUAAAUAAAUAAAAUUUGUUAAUCUCUAACUUUAUGCAGCCAAAUUUAUGACAGGGUGAAAAAAAUGAAUGCAAUUUUGGCAUUUAAGUCACUGCAAAGAAACCUUUAAGAUAUCAUAAUUAAAUGGAAGAACCUCUUAAAACAAUCUUAGCCUUUAUAUCCCAAGUGGUGAGCCUGAAAAGAUUGCUCUAGUUCUCUCAUUUCAAGCAAUUUCAGUCCUUCCUCCCAUAAUCCUGUUACUCUUCAUAAAUGCUCUUCUCUAGUCAUCUCUUAUCUCCUCAGAGGGAAACAAAUCUAUGUGGAGUACUCUAAUAGGAACUUUUUUUUUUCUUUUAAGAUUCUGGGAACUGUGCAUUUUCUAGACUUGAUAUACCACAACAUAGCUUCAGUUUAUAUCAAGUGGGGGAGGGUUUUCAAUCUCUAGAAAUUCUUCUAUAAUGUACCAGUCAACACUUAACUUGUAAGGGAUAAAGAGGCAACUGUACUGAAGUUGAAUUCUAGAACUGUGUAUUAUCCAGUAAGUCCAAGUGCAUAAAACAGAGCCUUAAGAAUCACAAGAAUCACAUUUAAUGAACAAUAAUUAUAUUAAGACCAAUAUACAUUAGGUCUUCUUGGAAUAAGUUAGGUUUCCUUAGACCAUAUAUGUUGCCAAUUUCAUUACUAGUCUGACAUUAACAAUUACAUAUUAUACAGUUAAAUAUUUUUAUGAAGCUCUGAGUAAAGUAUUGGAAAGUCAUUAGGUAGGGUGCCUGGGUGGCUCAGUUGGUUAAGCAUCUGACUUCGGCUCAGGUCAUGAUCUCACAGUUCUUGAGUUUGAGUCCCACAUCAGGUGAGCACAAGCCCUGCUUCGGGUGAGGCCCAUUUCUCUCUCUCCCUCUCUGCCCCUCGUAGGAUUCUCUCUGUCUCUCUAUCUCUGUCUCUCUUUCUCUCUGUCCCUUGCUCACCUGUGCCCUCUCCCUCUCAAAAAAAAAAAAAAAAAAAGUAAAAAAAGUCAUUAGGUAGCAUUUGAAAUUUAAAGAUGCCCACUCCAGAAAUUAAAUGAUACAAAACCAAUAUAUCUUUGCCAACUUAGUAAUGCAGAAUGAGAUACAAAGGGAUAACACUGAUUUUAACUAAAAAAUUUAAACUCCUGAAAGUUCAACUUGUUGAGCAUCACAUAAUCAAAUAUUGAGAUACUUACAACUUUCUCCUCUGAAGAAAGAACACCCUCUACUGCCACUAUCUGGUAUUGCUUAUGUUUUAAAUUUCCUACAAAUUUCCGAAGUUGCUUGAGAUUGCUAGCCUCCAUGUCUUGCUUUAAUAGUUUCUGCAUUUCUCGAGAAGGACAUCCAGGAUCAAAUAUUAGUAAACAUAAAGUUCGGUUUUUUCUCUCUUCAAUUCCAACAACUGUUCGACUAUGACCUAUCAAAAAAUAAAAUAACAGCUAUAUAUAUGUGUGUGUGUGUGUCAUAACUAUUUCUAUAUGUAUAGACAUAAGUUACUACGUACACACACUAUAUUAUAUUCUCUCUGUAUGUAGUGUGUGCACACGUGUGUUUUGAAUAUAAAUACUGCCAGUCCCUCUGACUGUAGGUAUUUGAGCUCUCUCACUCUGAAGACACAAUAGUUUUAGUUCUAUUUCCUAACCUUCAGUUUUGUCUUGUUCAACUUUUGUUUUCUAAAGGCUUCAUUACAAAAAAUUCUGUCUACUGUGCCAUAUAUUUUAGUUUUUCUUUCCUAAUCCCUUGAUCCUUCUUAUUCAAAUGAUCUCAGAUGAAAGCAUUUGAAAACUACCUACCAUGGAACAAAACGUCUCAUGAUUCCAAAAGGUCAACAAAAAUAAAUUUAUAUACUAGAAUUUCAAUGGAGAGGGUUUGAUCUUUACAGCUUAUACUCCUAAAUGGUGAAGUCCUCAACAUUUACUUCUCCUAUUCCUAUUGAUUCAAAUCACCCAUUCAACAAAAUUUACCAACUAUCCAUGUGCUAGGCACUAUUCCAGGAAGUUAGCUUUACAGAAGCAAACAGAACAUUCCUGCCUUUGUGGAGUUUAUAUCCUAAAAUGAGGAAAUAUCCUAUAAACAAGUUAAAUAAGUAAGCAUAUAUUGUGUUAGAUACAAAAAAAUAAAGCAGGGAAGAAACACAAAAAAUACUAAUGGUGAGGGUUUGAGAAAACAAGAUAGAAUUUUAAAUACAAGGUGAUCAGGGAAGGACUCACUGAAGCGAUAGAGGUGAAGACCUAAAAGAAGUACGGGAUAAAUAAGAAAGGAAGAGUGAAACAGGUGGCCCAGAAUAUGCCAGGGAUAGCACCCUUCGUUACCCAGAAAGGUACUGUAAUGAUAAUGUGGCUCCGAAAAUCAGACUAAGGUCACAAUACUCUCCCCCUCCCCAUUGUCAUAAUCUUAACCUGUCCUAAAGCAAAAGCCAAUUAGUUGUCCUAUAAAGGUAUUAUCUUAUAAGUUACACUUACUAUCUAGUGUUAUACCAACCUUGAUGCUGAAGAUAGAUAGGUGGCUUAGAUGUACACACUACUUUUGGACUCCCUUCUCUCUCUGAAGAAUAAUAGUUCAAUAUCCAUUCAAAUAAACGAGGAUGUGUACCCAAAGGGCCAGUUGACUUAUGAAAAUCAACAAUGUGGCACCUAUAAAAAAUUGACAAAAUGGAUUAUUUGGAGAAUAUUUUUUAUUUUUUAUUAUUUUUUCCAAUAUAUGAAGUUUAUUGUCAAAUUGGUUUCCAUACAACACCCAGUGCUCAUCCCAAAAGGUGCCCUCCUCAAUACCCAUCACCCACCCUCCCCUCCCCCCUCCUCCCAUCAACCCUCACUUUGUUCUCAGUUUUUAAGAGUCUCUUAUGCUUUGGCUCUCUUCCACUCUAACCUCUUUUUUUUUUUUUUUUUCUUUCCCCUCCCCCAUGGGUUUCUGUUAAGUUUCUCAGGAUCCACAUAAGAGUGAAACCAUAUGGUAUCUGUCUUUCUCUGUAAUGGCUUAUUUCACUUAGCAUAACACUGGAGAAUAUUUUUUAAAACAUUUUCAUCAAUGGAGUUAUCAAAUACAAAAAAAAGUUUGAAUUUAGAACUAAUUUGAUCUCAUCAGUAUUUUCCUAAGAAGAAAAUGAAUAUAAAUUUUAUUGUCAUUUUAUGAAUAAUUAUUUAAAUAACUUCAUAAUAAGGUUGAUGACUGAUCUAAAAGUUACAAACCUUUUCUGACAUAGAAAUCUCCAUGAAUAGUAAAUAAGGACCAUAUUUGGUUUUUAAAAGUCCUCUUCAUAUAACCUGAGACACAACUUUCAUUCUAAAGUCUCUAAACCUGAUGAUCAAUUAGAAGCUGACUUCUAAUUUUAAUUCUGCAAUAGCCAUUUACAUGUGUCAAAAAGACCCUGAACAUUUUUUCUGUUGGCUCUCACAAAUUCCAAUAAUAGACAAGAAAAUAAUACCUGGAAAGAUCUCAGAAAAACCCUGCAUGUGCUCCCAUCUGUACACCCACCCGUCCCCUAUUUGGCACUAGACCACAGUGGUAUCCCUUCCACAAGAGAAAGUCAACCUUGAGUAAACAAAAUUAUUUUAACUAGAAGCACUGUUGACAUUUCUCAUCAAUUAUUUUCAAAAGGUCAGGUAUAACCAAAAGCAAUUACAAGCUUUACUGUCAUUUUAAAGUAUCGCACGGAUACCCUGUCCUUGUCUUUCCUAACAAUAAAAUCUCCAAAUACACCAAAACUAUAAUGGUUGCUAUCUUUAGCCUUAGCAAGUUUUGUGUUGGUAACUUUCAACUGAUUACUACUGAGUUUCAAAUGCUGAAAUGAAUUUCUGGAUAAACUGUUAAAAAGUAGGUACAGGGUUUUUGGGUUAGAAAAUUGACAUGUUUAGAUUUAGAAUUUGAAUAGUGCCCUAUAGAAUAUAAUUCAUAAACAGGAAAAGGAAGACAUUUAAACAAGUAGUAAACAAAUGCAGAGAAGGGCAUAGAAAAGGCUUUACUCAAAGAUUAAACUAUUUCAGUCACCCCGAAAAAAGCUGGAUAUAUCAGGUAUUUUAGACAGAAAUUUUCCUUUCCUUAAACCUGAUUUAAAACUCAGUACAUGACAUAUACAUAACCUGAAAGUGUGAAAAGACUGGCAAGAAGAAAAAAAGAAAAAUAAAUAAAUUUAGAGGGCAUUAAAAUCGUCCUUUUGAUUUAAAAAAUUCAAGAAAGUCAUUAUACGAAGUUUUCCUCCUUAAAAGUUAAGAAAUAUUUUUUACUGCUGAAUCUAAUCAAUUAAUAUGAUAGAAAUGAUGUAAAGCAAACAUAAAGGAAAACACAGAGCCAUGAAGCUUAAUGGCAAACAUUCCAUUAAAGAUGAUCACAAGCAUCUAUCUCUGUUCCCUCUUGAAAGCCCAACAACAUAAUACUGAAAGAGUAAAUGAUCCAAACACCCAAAGACAAAGAAAAUGGAGACAGACAAAACUGCCCUGCAUUUUUGGAAAAUGAAAAGGAGAAAACAUAAAAGUGAAUGCAAAGAAAUAGACAACUGUCUUAAAAUUCCAGAGAGGCUAGAAGCUUAGAGGCACUAAGUAUUAGAAAGAGUAGUAAUACAGCUAUGUGAAAUGAAUUGAAAGUUUGCAUAAAGAAGGCAAAUCUCUCCUUAAACACCCCCUCCAUCAAUGCAGGAGCUCAAGGCAGAAGAGUGAGAACUCUUCUCUGAAUGGCCUCUGAGAAAACAUCUCUUCCUAUAUUGAAAUUUGAGAGUUCCCCAACCAAACAGCAAGCUUCUACCUAAUAGUCUGCUCAUCUGCUAGCUCCAUGCAAUCUUACAGGACCUUUUUAGUGCCUCAUUCCUCACCCUAGGAAUGGACAACUAAGGAUUUAUAAAAGUUAGAAGAAAGCCCUCAAAAUGCAAAAGACUAAAAUAGACAUGAAAACAAAUUAACACAGAAGAAAGUACAAAAUGCAAGGAAUAGAAAGAAACAAAAUGUUGGAAAAAAAUUUUUGCAACAUAAAAGACUAUGAUGCUAUGAAAUUACCCUUAAAAUUAAAAAACAUGAUUGCUAAGAUACAAAUUUGAAUAAAAUAGUUGGGAGAUAAAGUUGAGUAAAUCUAGAUAGUAAAACAAAAACAAAGAUGAAAAAUGAAACUUAACCAAUAAACUUAAUAUCGAGGUUCACUGGCCAACUAACAAAGUUCUAGAAAGAAGAAUAAAAAAAAUGGGAGAGAUCAUAAUUAUCAAACAACAGUUAACCUCUGAGCUCUUAGUAGAUGCCAGUCACAGUUCUAAGGACUUUAUGACCUCAUUUAAUAUUACUACAACUCUAUGAGGCAGUUAUUUUUACAUGUUUUUUUUCAAUGGUGGCACAAGACUACAGACAAACUAAGUCAUACAGCUAAUAAGCAGGAAAACUAGAAUCAAUUGUAGGCAGUCAGACUCCAAAGUCCAAGCUCUAAACCACUACACUGAGAUCUUACAACUCAUAAUUCCAGAUUCAGAAGGAAAAACAAAUGCCCAGUACAAGGAAUUGAAGCCUCACAUGAAAUUAUGUGAAAUUUCAUAACAGCAGGGCUAAGAGAUGAUGCAAAAAAACUUUCAGAGAAAAUAAGCAGGUUACACAUAAAAGGAAUGAAAAUCAGAUGACAUCUUACCUUCUCAAUAGUAAUACUGACUGCUAGAAGUCACCAGGGUAAAAACUUAAUUUGAUCUGAAAAUGACUUUGAAUUUAGAAGACUAUAGCCACCCAAAUUAUCAUUUAAGUAAUUAGGCCUAGGCAUCUUUCCUUAAGAACCUAAUGAAAGAUGUGUUUAAGCAGAAGAGUAAUCCAAAAAAGAUAAAGACAUGGAAUCCAGAAAAAAAUCCAGACUCCACUUCAAGAAAACAAUGAAGAAAUGCUAGAUGAUUAUAGCUUUCAAGGGGAUCUAGGAGGCAAAUAAUCCAGACUAGAGCAAAGACAAUAGAGGACUUCAAGGAGGAGGUGUUCAGGAAUAGGAAAGCCUCAGAUUACGUUAAGUGGAGUGUUUAGAAAAGCUUGAGACCAUGAUGCAGUCAAUAGUAAAAGGGGAAAGAAAAGUCAAUCCUUAAUUCAAGUAAAUUUUUUAAAAGCUUUUCAGGAAAGGAAAUAAAGUCAGCAAUGAAUAAUAUUAAUACAGUCAUGAUGUAAACUCUGACUUUAACUUAAUAAAAAAAUGAAAUUUAACUAAAUUACAAGGAUUGAGGGUGAACAUAGGUAGGACAGGUAGGUCAGGGAAAUGCAGCAGACAUCUAAAACUGAUAAACCAAAAAAAGAAAAAAAAAGACCCUGAACGCAUAUUAUUUAGAAACAAUGGGAGUAACAGCUGCCUCUGAGAAACCGGACUUGAGAACAGAGAGGAACAUGAGAUAGGGACUGAACUGUUGGUUUUCAGUAUAAGUGUUUCAGUGCCACUUAAAUUUUAUUUUUUAGCGGUCUCUCUGAUAAAC